CUUAGAAAAUGUCCAAUCGUUUUUAAGUCUUCCUUAAUUUAGACUUAGAAACUAUCUAAUUAGUAAUCACCCUCUUGUAGUUUGAGUGUUAAAGCAGUUUUUAAAUCUUUUGAAUCCCUAUAUAUACCCCUUCAAGCAAUGUAUCUUCAGCAAACAAACAAUAGCACAAAGAUGACUAUACCUGUGAUAGAUUUCAGCACUCUCAAUGGAGACAAAAGGGGUGAAACCAUGGCUCUUUUGCAUGAAGCUUGUCAGAAAUGGGGUUUCUUUCUGAUUGAGAACCAUGAAAUUGACGAGAACCUGAUGGAAAAGGUGAAGAAGCUAAUUAAUAUUCACUACGAGGAGAACCUGAAGGAAAGUUUCUACCAAUCUGAGAUAGCAAAGAGGUUGGAGAAAAAACAGAACACAUCUGAUAUAGAUUGGGAAAGUGCCUUCUUCAUUUGGCACCGUCCCACUUCCAACAUUAGGAAAAUCCCUAACCUCUCUGAGGAGCUUUGCCAAACAAUGGAUGAGUAUAUUGAGCAACUCAUUAAGGUGGCAGAGAAGUUAUCUGAACUUAUGAGUGAAAAUCUUGGUUUGGAGAAAAACUACAUGAAGGAAGCAUUUUCUGGAAGAAAUGGACCUGGCAUGGGAACAAAAGUGGCAAAGUACCCUCAAUGUCCACACCCUGAGCUUAUUAGAGGACUUAGGGAGCACACAGAUGCAGGUGGCAUCAUCCUAUUGCUCCAAGAUGACCAAGUGCCUGGCCUAGAAUUCUUCAAAGAUGGCAAGUGGGUGGAGAUCCCUCCCUCAAAGAACAAUGCCAUUUUUGUCAACACAGGAGACCAAGUGGAAGUGUUGAGCAAUGGCUUGUACAAAAGUGUUGUUCAUAGGGUCAUGCCUGAUAAAAAUGGAAGCAGACUCUCUAUAGCUAGCUUCUAUAAUCCCGUUGGUGAAGCCAUUAUUUCUCCAGCUUCCAAACUCUUGUAUCCUAGUAAUUAUCGUUAUGGAGACUAUUUGGAGCUUUAUGGCAACACCAAGUUCGGUGAAAAGGGUCCCAGAUUUGAGUUCAUCAAGAAUAUAGCCAACGGGCACUACAAUCUUGAACCUUAAAUAAAGACCAUACAAAUACUCUUCGUUAUAGUUAAUUUUACAAGUCAUGUUCCACACUACUUUCUUCCCAAAACCAAAAGUACACAAGAAAGGAAAAUGUAACAGAAGGAUAGGUUUCAUUUUUUUUUUAUAUAUUUUUUUAUAUAUGUUUCGGUAUGAAUAAAAACGAAGAAAAUCUAAAU